GCGACACAGAGGCUGCCAUGGGUCAAUCUCCCGUGAUAAUUCAAUUGCUUCCAACAUGUCAGACUUUGUUACCUCGCCCCAAGGGUCCAAAAGAUUUACCUUUAAAAGAGAAGAUUCAGUCUGCUCAAAUUUGUCAGACUUUGCACCAUCAGAAUGCUCUGAAAUGUCACUGGAUGUUUCUGUGCGUGACGAUCUGGCUUGCAAGACUUUCACCUACCUGGAUGAUAUUGAGCAUGAGCUGGACGACCUCAAGUCCUCCAUGUUAGAAAUGGAUGAAGAGGUGACGAAAUUUGCAUCAAAGCCAAACCCAUACACCUUUAAGACAACUUACUCUGACUAUUCCAUCACCUCUGGAGAUUCACGGCCAAAUUCUGCCUUAGAUCUGGUAAAUGCACAUCGUUCAAGAGCCAGUUUCAGAGGUGUUUUUGGUCAAAAGGGCACAGGGUCAUCUGACUCGGAGGCACUGGAGGGAGGCCCUGCAGACUCCACACACACUCAGGGUCAUGUGGUCUCAGGCUCAGAGGCAGAAGGAUCAUUUGAGUGGGACUCUCCACAACAUGGCUGGACGAGUGCAAGAGGACCACCACUCUCGCGUCUCCCGGAAUUGCCUUCAGAAGAUGCAGAAUCUUCACGUGCAUCAACUCAGGAGGACAUGAUGCCAUCACUUGAGUGGGAUAAUGACUGCUUACAGCAAUACGAUGAAGAACAGAUGCAAGAUUCCCACAACAGCCAGCUUGAUGAAGUCUUCCAUCGGAACAACUGUGAGAGCUUUGCAGAACUGGAAGGAUAUGAAGAGUAUAAGUUAUCUUGUAGUCGGCACCAACUGUUACCUGACCACUCCUCUCUUGAGCUGGACCUUGAAGAGGAACUCCAGGCAGCCACAAACCCUCUCACAGAGGCAGCUGACCUCCGCUCUGCACCCAUGACCAUCUCGGUUGAUUCUGCCAUACACUCAGCCACAGGCUCGCGCUCUGCUUCAUCUAGCCCCUUACCCACUGGUCUUGGCCAGUCGCUGCUCAGCUCGUCUGGCCUGGCUAGCAGCUCCGAGAUCUCUCCUGCAACGCCUGACUCAGAGUCGGCAGGCUGGGGCAGCUGGGAGCGCCGCCUGGGCCCUGGGGAGUUCGGUAGUAAAGCCCGGCGCUACUGGAGUUCCGAGGAGAGUGGGUACAUGGAAGGACCCGACACACCCCUUGACACGGCCAUACACGCACACCUAUCACCUGUGCACGAAAUCAAGGAGAAGGAAUACUCAGAAAGCAGCGGCUCUUCCCCCACGCAUCAUACUGACCCCAAAGAAGUCACAAGUGAGGGUGGCAACCUGAAUGAGACAGCGCUGGAGUCCAACCUCAACGGAAAUCUCAUCAUGGGAAGCACUGCCAGCACUGCCAAUGACAAUGAGCAUAUCCUGGGUACCACCACAGCAGCCUUCGGAAACCAGCCAACUGUAGCUGUCGGGCAGAGAAUAGAGGUUGCCCGGUACGCCAGCCAGGAGUGGCGAGGGAACACAGCCAAGGCACACACAAUUAAACAGGGCUACUCAGCAAUUCCAGUUGAGCUCAAUUACCACUACCUGCGAAGAGUGCGUGGUGAUAACUACUGUGGAGUUCGAGCAGCUCUCUAUCAGAUCCUUUCACAGGGCCUCCCUGUACCCAGUGGUCAUGCUACCCACACACGUCUGGCAGCUGAACUCAAUCAGGGUUCCACAUGGCUUCGAGACUGGUCCUUUGGCCAUCGUCUCAGCUUCUCAAAGGAGCAGGUCCUUAAUGGCUUCUGGGAAUGCCUGGAUGCCCUAGACAGCAUGGUACUCAGCCUGAAAGGAUGUGAGAACAGGGAAUGUGUCGUCCUCUCACGCCUCAACAGUGAUCCUCUUCUGGAUGUGAAGCUCUGUGAGGCAGUGAAGCUGCACAUGCUGGCAACUGCCCUAGACCUUCAUAUUGGAAAUAAUAAUGGUGACAAUGUCCCACUCUUUUCCAUGAUCAUGUUUGCUCGGCACACAUCUCUCACACCAAGAGAUUUUGUGAAAAAUCAUCUAAAUUUAGUGGGAGACACAGCUGGGCUGGAGCAGAUUGAGAUGUUCCUUAUGGGGCAUACUCUGGGUGUCACUCUCCAGGUGGUGAGGCCAGCAUGCUAUGGCAAAGACGACUUCAUAUGCUACUACCCAGAUGCCAACAUAGGUGUCUGGCCUGAGGUCACUCUGGUGGCAGAAGACGACCGGCAUUACAAUGUUCUAAUAAAGUGAAAGAUGUCUGAAGGAUGAAAGUGGAGAAGCAGAAGAUGCAAGCACACCAAGCGAAGGUGCUGUUAUGUCCUGCCGUUUGAUUGUGUGCUGUAAAGAGGAGUCACGUUGCCUCUAAUUUUUUUUUUUUUUUUUUUAGGGGGGCCCUUUUUUUUUUACUGUCAAUCUAGUGUGUAAAAUGGGCAAACAUGUUGAAGAAAAGGAAACUUUUGGCAAUAAUGUGCGUACUGAGGUUGGGCCAGGGCACUCAACCUCAAGGCAUCAAGAGAGUUAACUGUGAAUGAUUGAGUUCUGUCACUGGUAGUAUGUAUGGAAUUAAUAUGUGAAGCCGUAAGUGACUCACAGUUAAUUGUCUUUUGGAAGUGCUUCUUUUGGUACAAAAUUAAGAGGUGUUCGAAAGCUAGCUCCUUGUCAGAGAUGUACACCCAGCCUUUCACUUGGGAAAAUUAAUGAAAAUUGGUUGUAAAUAGAAAAUUAUUUUAGGCAAUAAGGGAAAAAAAAACAUAGGAAGAAAAUUAUUUUAUUUAUUUAUAUAUAUAUUGGUGUAUUUAUUUAUUUAUUUCCUUUGGGUGCUGCAGCUGAAUUAUUGAUAUUUAGCUUUCAAAAUAUAUCCGAGUGUUUUUGAUGGGUGCGAGUAGGUUAAAAUGUAUAUAGAGUUUGUUAGCCGUUUCUUGAUUCACCUAGAGAAUUGUGUAUAUAAUAACUGUAUAUAACCUGUGAUCGUUAUCUCAUUGGUUAUGUUGUAAAGCAGGUAGGCUAGAGCAAUCGUAAAAUGAUCUGAUCAAAAUUACUGCAUGUAACAUAUGCCACAGUGAUAUAUGUCAAAAUGGUAACUUUGCAUUGUUAAGUGUUACCAAUAGAAGAGUUAGAAUCAUGACAUUCUAGCAUAGUCUGUAUAGUAAACUCCAGCUUCAAAUAUUAAUGGCAAAACAAUGAUGAUUUAAUUCCCUCGAGGGAGUCAGCAUUACCACAGCCAAAUGAUUCUCAAAUGGACCUAAGAAAGCAUGCCAAUUUUGUCUCUUGUCAUAUGAAUAUGCCUUGAUAGUGUGAUACGACGUGUGUAUGAUGAGUUAUUGUCUUCCAUUGAUUUCCUGGAUUUGUUGUAUAUAUGUUUUAAUGUCUUCAUCAUUCUUUGCCUAAGUAGCUUUAUCAGGUUAUGGAGUUGAUGUCAGUGUUUUGUAUAAUCUAAUCUAUUACAGGAGACAAAAUUGUGUGCAUGUGUGCUUAAGUCAUAAACUUAAUAAUAUGCAGCAAAUCUGACCAGAGUAGUAUGUAGGAGUGGGGGUGCCAGGCACUCGCCAAGGAAGUUCCCCUUUCUGCUCUCGCCCAAAUUGUAGCUAAAACUUAAGAGACACCAGAAACCAAGUUAAGGUUCCUUCACAUCAGUUUAUCAUUUUGUACUUA